UAAUUGACAACAGUCCUCUCUGAGCUCCAGUGUCAGUUACUCACACGUUCUGUUCUGCUCCCCGCCCAGUUUCCUGUGAAUUAGAACAUCCGCGUUGAUACGGAUAGGGGACUUUCGAGACUGUCACCCUUAAUUUUCACAACGUAGAAAUAAAUAGAUUGAUUGUUUCAUAGGCAGCCAGUGGGAACAAUGUCUGGACAAAACAGCGACCAGUUGCAUCGCUCUACUUUGGGCAUAUAUGCGAGCCUGAUGGAUCAGUUCAACCCAAGUCUACAGAAGUUAGUGUCUUUGGGAAACAGCUACAUGCAGGCUUUCCAAGCCCUUGCUGUGACCAGUGAGGCUUACUUCAGCACCCUUGCUAAGAUAGGGGAGCAGGCCUUCCACACCAUGUCGUCUCGCUCUAUUGGAGAUGUUCUGAUUCAGAUUUCAGAGAACCAGAAGAGUCUCACCACUGAACUGGAAGGAAUUUUCCGCUGGUUCCACACUGAGGUGCUACAGGAGAUGAACAACAAUGUCAGACUGGAUAAGGACUACAUAGCAGGCAGCAGGAGGCGAUAUGAGAUGGAGGUACAGAGCCAGGCCAUAUCUUUGGAGAGGCAGCGGAGGAGAGGAGCUCACCAGGAUGAGUACAUUCACUUCCUGAGGGAGAGUCAGCGCGAGGCUCUGAUGGAGGAAGAAAGGCGAUACCGUUUCCUGGCUGAGAAACACUGUGGUCUCACUCAGUCCAUCAUCUACCUCAUGAACAAGACAGGGGCAGGGGGAAGCCUACAGCAGAUAGCUGAUGGAUGGAGAGACCAGGUCAACGCCACCAGACGACCUGGAUCCCGGAACCCCUCUCACCUGGACCAGGACAACACAUCCAGAACGAGGGAGGAGGACAGGGGGAGCCAAUGGUCAGGCAAAGAGGAGCAGCCUCUAGGAAGAGUGCCCUCCAGAGGCCCAUCACCCCAGAACUUCCGUUCCCGCUCCAGCUCAUUUGGCGAGUCCCUAGGUCUGGGUGGAGGUGGAGGAGGGAGACCUAUGAGAGCUCUGGUAUCCCACCCUGCUAACUCCAGCAACCCCACCCUGCUGCCCUUCUCCCGGGGGGAGGUGGUGAGCGUGCUGGUGCAGGAGCCCCGUAAUGGCUGGCUCUACGGCCGGGCAGAGAGCAGCUCACGCCAGGGCUGGUUCCCAGCUGCCUAUGUGGGGACACUGGAGGAGGCCCCUAGAUCAACUGGCUCAAGCUCCACCCUUAGGAGCGCCCACAGUAUGGACAACCUGCUGGACCAAUCAGGAGGCAGCAGCCACGGUAGACCCCCGCCCCCGCCGCCUCCACCCAAUAGACAGACAGAGAUGCGUCCAAUCACACCCAGCAUGGAUAGAAGGGCGGAGUCUCACUCUGACAAUAAGAGAGGAGAGCGUCAUGGUGGACCUGUGCCAAACCUCUUUCCAAAGGGCACCAACCCUUUCGCCACUGUCAAGCUGAAGCCCACGUCCACCGAUGACAGAUCUGCUCCACGGCUCCGUCGGUGAAGAGGUCACGCCCUUGGGAAGGUAUUGGGCGUGUUCCAGUUCGACUACAUUUCAGUCAUUGCAUUGCAUCAACAAAUGGUUUCAUUCCGCAUUAUCAACUGUGCAGUCGACUGCUAUAUCAUAUGAUUCACUGAUAUGUUAAAUUCAUACCUAUCCAGGCGUUGUGAGAUCUGGCAGGUGUCUGAAAUGUAGUCAUGCAAAUGCAGCAGGGGUUUUAGGGUUGAUGCCCUAAAACAGCCCCAAAUCCUCCCAAACUGUUGAAAACUGUCUUAAAACUGCCCCACACUUUCUCAAAGCAGCCCCUAAUACCAACCUUGUACAGUUGGUUAUUUAAAAAUAUGAUGGAGUUUAUCAGAUGACUACAGUGAUAAAGGAAGUUCGGCGGGCAAUCUAAGAUGCCAGAAACCCUAACAGAUGCUUGGUGCACUGAUUGACCUCGCAAGUGCAUUCAUACUUUUUUAUUUAAUUAGUGAGACAAAUCUUUGAGGGCGCUCCUUUAUGCACUUUCCUUCAGAAUCAGGAAUAUUUUCUGACUUCAUAUACAGUUGAAGUCGGAAGUUUACAUACACUUAUGCUGGAGUCAUUAAAACUUGUUUUUCAACCACUCCACAGAUUUCUUGUUAACAAACGAUAGUUUUGGCAAGUUGGUUAGGACAUCUACUUUGUGCAUGACACAAGUACUUAUUCCAACAAUUGUUUACAGACAGAUUAUUUAACUUAUAAUUCAUUUUCACAAUUCCAGUGGGUCAGAAGUUUACAUACACUAAGUUGGCUGUGCCUUUAAACAGCUUGGAACAUUACAGAAAGUAAUGUCAUGGCUUUAGAAGCUUCUGAUAGGCUAAUUGACAUAAUUUGAGUCAAUUGGAGGUGUACCUGUGGAUGUAUUUCAAGGCCUACCUUCAAACUCAGUGCCUCUUUGCUUGACAUCAUGGGAAAAUCAAAACAAAUCAGCCAAGACCUCAUAAAAAAAUGAUAGACCUCCACAUGUCUGGUUCAUCCUUGGGAGCAAUUUUCAAAUGCCUGAAGGUACCACGUUCAUCUGUACAAACAAUAGUAAGCAAGUAUAAACACCAUGCGACCACGCAGCUGUCAUACUGCUCAGGAAGAAGACGCGUUAUGUCUCCUAGAGAUGGACGUCAUUUUGUGGGAAAAGUGUAAAUCAAUCCCAGAACACCAGCAAAGGAUCUUGUGAAGAUGCUGGUGGAAACAGGUACAAAAGUAUCUAUAUCCACAGUAAAACGAGUCCUAUAUAACCUGAAAGGCCGCUCGGCAAGGAAGAAGCCACUGCUCCAAAACUGCCAUAAAAAAGCCAGACUACGGUUUGCAUCUGCACAUGGGGACAAAGAUCGUACUUUUUGGAGAAAUGUCCGCUGGGCCGAUGAAAGAAAAAUAGAGCUGUUUGGCCAUAAUGACCAUUGUUAUGUUUGGAGGAAAUAGGGGGAGGCUUACAAGACGAAAAACACCAUCCCAACCGUGAAGCACGGGGUUGGCAGCAUUAUGUUGUGGGGGUGCUUUACUGCAGGAGGGACUGGUGCACUUCACAAAAUAGAUGGCAUCAUGAGGUAGGAAAAUUAUGUGGAUAUAUUGAAGCAACAUCUCAAGACAUCAGUCAGGAAGUUAAAGCUUGGUCGCAAAUGGGUCUUCCAAAUGGGCAAUGACCUCAAGCAUACUUCCAAAUUUGCGGAAGAAUGGCUUAAAUCUCAUCUAUAAGCUAAGGACCCUGGGACUGAACACCUCCCUCUGCAACUGGGUCCUGGUCUUCCUGAUGGGCCGCCUCCCAAGUGGUAAGAGUAGUUAAGGGCAAAAAGUCAAGGUAUUGGAGUGGCCAUCACAAAGGCCUGACCUCAAUCCUAUAGAAAAUUUGUGGGCAUAACUGAAAACGCAUGUGUGAGCAAGGAGGCCUAUAAACCUGAUUCCGUUACACCAGCUCUGUCAGGAGGAAUGGACCAAAAUUCACCCAAGCUUGUGGAAGGCUGCCCGAAACGUUUUACCCAAGUUAACAAUUUAAAGGCAAUGCUACCAAGUACUAAUUGAGUGUAUGUAAACUUCUGACCGACUGGGAAUGUGAUGAAAGAAAUGAAAGCUGAAAUCCUUCUCUCUACUAUUAUUUUGACAUUUCACAUUCUCGUAAUAAAGUGGUGAUCCCAACUGACAGGGAAUUUUUACUAGAUUCAAUUGUGAAAAACUGAGUUUAAGUGUAUUUGGCUAAGGUGUAUGUAAACUUCCGACUUCAACUGUACAUAUCAGGUACAGGAAAUAUCGUGGUAGAAGUAGUUGUUUUUAUCAAAGCCUUUUGCACUGUUUUCUUCAAGUAGCACUUUUUUGUUUAGUUUUGCUUGUACAGUAACAAUAUGCCAAUUUAAACCAAUACUUCACUUUGAUGCUAAACUACAGUGAACCACAGUGAGCUAAUCUUUCUCUUAGGAAUGCCAUGCAGGUAGAUUGUUAUGACAAGUGAGUUUUAGUGCUUAACUUAACAGUGCUGUUUGAUCCAGUGCCUUUAGUAAAUGUACAAUGAGAUUUGUGUGUUUCUUUGCUCAUGCAGGCAGUAGGGUGGCCUUACUACUCUAGUGAAGGACCUGGGUUUGUCAAUUCUAAUCCACCAAUGGGGAUACUUAACCUAAAUGACCCUUAGUGUGUACUCAGCUAUGUGAAUGGCUGACAUGUGAGAGUGUUGAGCGAAUGUAAUCGCUCCAACAAAACAAUGACUUUUGACCUUACUGCUAAAAUAAAAAUGGUAGCUGCUUUUCACAUUGUUUCCAAUUCCUUUAAUCAGACAGAAAUACAUCCUCUGAUUCUGUUUUUUAGUUGCUGUUGAUUAUUUACACAUUUAUUUUCUAGUUAUUGAGGGCCAAUCGGUAGUGCUGAGCGAUUAACUGAAAUGUAUUGAACAACCAAUUAACCAACGUCGGUUUUUGUGAGUUUCUGUAGAGAGAAAUCCAAUAAUUCACGAGCAAAAUCAAGUCAAGAACUACGUGGGGACGCUUGGCUGUAGUAUUAAGCCAAUAAUUAAACUUAAUUCAGCACAGAAAUGUGGUGAUGAACUACAAUGACCAUAAUCCAUUGCGCCUGUACUUCCCGGCUUGGAUGUUAGAUAAGACACACACAGACCAAAUAGACCGCAUGAUAGGACUGUACAGAACACAACAAUGAGAGGGACGGAGACAAUUUGUGAAAGUAUGCCUUACCUUGUUUGAAGAGCUAGUAAAAAUGUUUGUUUUUUUAACAGACUGCUCUGCAACAUUAUUAGACAGGCUAGCCUAGCUAAAUAGGAUGACUAAAGACAGUACGGUAUAUGAAGCACAGAAAUACUGUAACGUUAGAUGGUCAGGCUGGCUGGCUGCUACUACUUGAGCAGAGAUGAGAUGAUUGAUGACUUUAAGGAAUGAAAAAUGAUAGACAUCCGAUAAAAAUGAAGUAAUGUACACAACUGAAAUAUGUUCUCAUUAUGAUAGUCAUUUUCUAUUUUUCAAUGGAUGUCUACCCAAUGUGAACCUUGACAGAGACAAUGGAAUAUUUGAAAUGUUUUGACCGUAUAAUGUUCACUAUUUUUGGUUUUUAAUUUCCAUUAAAAAGCUUUAAAAUCA